UCUUCUUCUCGCUGAGGAGGUUGCCACCGCUAGGCCAGCAAAGACACACACCCAAACAAAUGUUAUCGAUGUUUGGCCACCUCUAGUCGGAGGACCACCUGAUAUCGAUUAGCCUAUCAAAGUGGACCACCUGAUAUCGAAAUACGGACAACAUAAGAUAUUCCAGGAUAUUCCAGAGGAUCUACCAAUUUUCGGCUCAUUGCCGCGGAGCAAGUGCAUCGUCCGUCCUGACCAACCGGCUGGGCGCGACUGCUUGGUUAGGAUCCGCAUCCGCCGCAAUGUCGCAACAACAACAGCCGCCGGAUGGCGGGAUUUCCGAAAUGGAAACGGAGGAGGAGCAGCCGGCAACCGAAUCCUGGCGUGGCCUGCCCAUGGAGGCCAUACGUCGUCACCUCCGACCCUUCGAACUGGAAACGCUGCCGGCCGUCGCCGCUGGCAAUCUGCACCGGGUUAUGUACCAACUGCCCAUCCGGGAGACGCCACCGCGGCCGCACAAAUCGCCGGGCAAGUGGGACUCGGAGCAUGUGCGUCUGCCGUGCGCGCCAGAGUCGAAAUACCCGCGGGAGAAUCCCGAUGGCAGCACCACCAUCGAUUCGCGGUGGGGCAUGAUCGAGCGGGCUCUGCUGCAGCCCAUCGAAACGAGCGAGGAGCUGCAGGCGGCCAUUCUGUCGUAUAACACGACAUACCGCGACCAGUGGCACUUCCGGGCGCUCCAUCAGCUGCUCGACGAGGAGCUGGACGAGAGCGAGUCGCGGGUCUUCUUCGAGGACCUGCUGCCGCGCAUCAUUCGCCUGGCUUUGCGACUGCCGGACUUGAUCCAAGCGCCGGUGCCGCUGCUCAAGCAGCACAAGAACGCCUCGCUGAGCCUGAGUCAGCAGCAGAUCGCCUGCCUGCUGGCCAACGCCUUCCUCUGCACCUUCCCGCGGCGCAACACGCUGAAGAGGAAGUCCGAGUACAGCAGCUUUCCGGAUAUCAACUUUAACAGACUCUAUCAAUCCACGGGUCCCGCCGUGCUGGAGAAGCUCAAGUGCAUCAUGCACUACUUUCGGCGCGUGUGUCCCACGGAGCGCGGUGCCAGCAAUGUGCCCACCGGCGUGGUGACCUUCACGCGACGCAGCGGCCUGCCGGAACAUCAGGUCGACUGGGCGCAGAGUGCGGCGCCGCUGGGCGAUGUGCCGCUGCAUGUGGACGCCGAGGGAACGAUCGAGGACGAGGGCGUCGGCCUGCUGCAGGUGGACUUUGCCAACAAGUAUCUGGGCGGCGGUGUUCUGGGCCAUGGCUGCGUUCAGGAGGAGAUCCGCUUCGUCAUCUGUCCGGAGCUGCUCGUUGGCAAGCUGUUCACGGAGAGUCUGCGCCCGUUCGAGUCGCUGGUCAUGCUGGGCGCCGAGCGGUAUAGCAACUAUACGGGAUAUGCCGGCAGUUUCGAGUGGUCCGGCAACUGUGAGGAUUCCACACCGCGGGACAGCUCGCAUCGGCGGCAAACGGCCAUUGUGGCCAUCGAUGCCCUGCAUUUUGCCCAAUCGCAGCAUCAGUAUCGCGAGGAUCUUAUGGAGCGGGAGCUGAACAAGGCGUAUAUCGGAUUUGUCCACUGGAUGAUCACGCCGCCGCCGGGAGUGGCUACCGGGAAUUGGGGCUGCGGAGCCUUCGGCGGAGAUCCCUACCUCAAGGCCCUGCUGCAGCUGAUGGUCUGCGCUCAAUUGGGCAGACCUUUGGCCUACUAUACCUUCGGUAAUACCGAGUUCAGAGAUGAUUUCCAUGACAUGUGGCUGUUCUUUCGCAGCGAAGGCACUACGGUGCAGCAGCUUUGGAGGGUAUUAAGAUCCUUCAGUAGGCUGGUCAAAGAGAAGGGCUCCAAAAAUCUAAAUCUAUACGAAUUUAUUAGGGAGGAACUGAAGAAGAAGCUCAAAGAAGAGGCUCCAUCCGCAGAGGCGGGAACAUCUAAGGCGAGCGGCUCAGGAGAAGCGGAAGCAAAGCCCUCGAAAUCAGCGAAAACGUCGCCGGAAAUCACCAAAAAAAAAGACACCAUUACGCAGCAAAGUCCCGAUCUCUUUCCCGCGCAAUCAUCGCUGGAUAAUUCCGAUUCCUCGCCGGAACAGGCCAUUCUCAUGCUGUCCGAUGACGAGGAGGCCAAUGCCAUGAUGGAGGCCGCCAGUUUGGAGGCGAAAAACAGCGAGGAGCUCAGCAGCAGCAGCACCACGAAAACAGGAGGAUCCGGUGGCCGCCAGUUGACGCUGCUCGAGAUGCUCGACUCUCAUUACGAAAAGGGACAGGCCUCGAAGAGGCCAAGAAAAGCACCCGAGGGUCCAGCCAAAAGCCGGAAGGAGAACAAUGUGGAGGACAAGAAGGAUCAGGAUGACUAAGUGAUAUUGCCCUAGAGGAUUUGUACUGCCCUAAAAUAAAAAGUUCUAAACUAAGACGUUUUAAAGAAGGCUUAAAAUUUGAAUGUGCUUGGUUUACAAUGGAGUUUGCAUUUUAAACAUGCAGACAUUUUUUUUUGGAAACUUAAAUGCUCUUUGACACUUGGUAAAUUUGAAGCGUUGCUUACAGUCUUUUAAUUUUAAAAAUUGUUACAUUUUCUAUUAAAAAUUCUUAUGAAAACACAAUUUUUUUCUUAGGUUAAUAUUUAUAUAAAAAUAUUAAAUUAGUUGACUUUUAAAUAAAAAUUUUGAGAAAUAUUUAAAACUUUCCUGUACUCUAUCUCUGUUCAAUAAUGUUAAAGUUAUCAUUUUAUGAUAUUAAAAAAACUUUAAUUUACGUACAUAAAACAAGAUCUAUGUGUAUAGCAGGAGUUGUAUAACGUUGCAUUA